AUGAAAUCCAACCAAGAGCGGAGCAAUGAAUGCCUGCCGCCCAAGAAGCGAGAAAUCCCUGCCACCAGCCUGCCUUCAGAGGUCAAGCCAGUCCUACCAAACGAAAACCACCGUGCAGAUAACCUAGCAUGGCUCCCCGGCACACCCAGUGGCCAGGGUGGCCUGGGAGGGCGGCACCGGCCCGGGGGAACGUCGUCAGUGGAGGCGGGUUUGCAGCAGGGUUUGCACAAGUCGCUGUCUGCAGGGCUGGACUACUCCCCGCCGAGCGCGCCCAGGUCUGUUCCGGCCUCCACCACUCUUCCCACGGUGUAUUCGCCCGCCCUCUCCCAGUCAGGGACCCCUGUUUCCCCCGUGCAGUAUACACACCUGCAACACACCUUCCAGUUCGUCGGGCCCCAGUACAGUGGAUCAUACACCGGAUUCAUCCCCUCGCAGCUGAUUUCCCCAACAGCCAAUUCUGCAACCGGCGCCGUGGCGGCAGCUGCAACCACUCCAUCCCAGCGCUCCCAGCUGGAGGCUUAUUCCACUUUGUUGGCCAGCAUGAGCGGCCUAAGCCAGCAGGGGCACAAAGUUGAGCCACACCUGGUCAGGACACCUGGGCUGAUCGCCGCCGGGUCUCCUCCACCCACCCAGCAGAACCAGUACGUCCACAUUUCCAGCUCUUCCCAGAGCACUGUCAGAAAUGUCUCUCCUCCAACCAUCCCGGUCCCCCUGCACCCCCAUCAGACAGUGCUCCCACACACCCUUACUCUCGGCCCUUCCUCCCAAGUGGUGGUGCAGUACACCGACUCAGGGGGCCACUUUGUCACCAGGGAUCCCCCCAAGAAGCCUGAGAGCAGCCGGCUACAGGCAAUGCAGGCCAAGGAGGUUCUGAAUGGUGAGAUAGAGAAGAGCCGGAGGUACGGCAUUUCACCCUCUGCCGACAUGGGUCUGGUCAAAGCAGGCAAUAAACCAGCUCCCCAUCAUUAUGAGACCAGGCACGUGGUGGUCCACUCAAGCCCCGCUGAGUACGGUGCACGGGAUUCCUCAGGUGUCCGAGCCUCCGUCAUGGUGGUCCCAAACAGCAGCACGCCCACAGCAGACAUGGAGGUGCAGCAAGCCACCAACCGUGAGACCUCUCCCUCAACCCUCAACGACAAGGGAAGCUUGCACUUAGGAAAGCCAGCCCACCGGUCGUAUGCCUUGUCUCCACAGCAGGCUUUGGGCCACGAGGGGGUGAAGGCGGUGGCCACACUGUCCCCUCACACUGUCAUUCAGACCACCCACAGCGCCUCCGAGCAUCUCCCCGUGGGGCUGCCAGCGACGGCCUUCUACGCUGGGACCCAGCCACCGGUGAUUGGCUACCUAAGUGGUCAGCAGCAAGCCAUCGGGUACCCCAGCAGCCUGCCACAGCACCUGGUGAUCCCUGGCACCCAGUCCCUGCUGAUACCAGUCGGCAGUGCGGACGUUGAGCCGUCAGGAGUCGCGCCUGCAAUCGUCACAUCAUCUCCUCAGUUUGCAGCAGUGCCUCACACGUUCGUCACCACCGCUGUCCCCAAGAGCGAGAACUUCAGCGCGGAGCCCCUCACCACCCAGCCUGCCUACCAGGCCACCAUGGUGCAGGCACAGAUCCACCUGCCCGUGGUGCAGUCCAUCGCUUCCCCUGCCACCGCACCUCCCACGCUGCCCCCCUACUUCAUGAAGGGGUCGAUCAUUCAGCUGGCCAACGGGGAACUGAAGAAAGUAGAGGACUUGAAAACAGAAGACUUCAUACAGAGUGCAGAAAUUAGCAAUGACCUGAAAAUAGACUCCAGCACUGUGGAGAGGAUUGAAGACAGCCAUAGCCCAGGCAUUGCUGUGAUACAGUUUGCAGUUGGGGAGCAUCGAGCACAGGUCAGCGUGGAAGUCUUGGUAGAAUACCCUUUUUUUGUAUUUGGACAAGGCUGGUCAUCCUGCUGCCCCGAGAGAACCAACCAGCUCUUUGAUUUGCCAUGCUCCAAACUCUCGGUGGGGGAUGUCUGCAUAUCGCUCACGCUCAAGAACCUGAAGAACGGCUCUAUUAAAAAGGGCCAGCCCAUGGACUCAGCUAGUAUCUUGCUGAAGCAUUCAAAGAAUGACAGUCUAGCUGGAAGUAGACACAGGUAUGCGGAGCAGGAAAAUGGAAUUAAUCAGGGAAGCGCACAGAUGUUAGCUGAGAACGGUGAACUGAAGUUUCCAGACAAAAUAGGAUUGCCUGCAGCACCUUUGCUCACCAAAACAGAACCCAGCAAGCCCCCGGCAACAAGGAAGAGGAGGUGGUCAGCCCCUGAAACACGAAAACUAGAGAAAUCAGAAGAGGAACCACCUUUGACUCUUCCCAAGCCUUCUUUUAUUCCUCAGGAGGUUAAGAUUUGCAUCGAAGGUCGAUCCAACCUAGGAAAGUAAAAGUUGUUUG